GGUCAACAUUUAUAUUACUGUCUCUAGAACAUCAGCACGAUUUUCAUCUUACAGUAUCACAUUUACAGAAUUUACGGCAGCAUUACCCCUCGCUCACUCCACAAUCGUUCCGCCAUGUUUAACGACAUCACCAAACCCCCGCCUCCGCUGCCGAGCCCCGUUCUCACCGAGGUCGUACCUGGCGUGUCACUCCUCAGGCCUCUGAGUCGCCGUGGCAAAGGCCCUGGCAUGAUAGUCCUCACGUCCGACCAUGAUGAUCCUCUUGCUAUCAUUGAAGGCGUCCCCUCUCCUAUGGUGAAAUGGGCAGAGGAAGGAUACACCGUCCUUGGGAUCCAGGCCAGCGCCUUCUUGACUGCGGACAAGGGCGAGCUCAUCAGAUCUGCUGUGGAGACCCUGAAGGACUGCGACAAGUGUGAGCCCAAGGACAAGGUCGGGCUGGUUGUAUAUGAGCCUGAACUGUGGAUCAUGACGGCCCCGACUCUCUCAGCCCACUCUUGCAUCGUCGCCGCUGCCGUGUAUGCAGACGCUCCCAACGAGACUUUGUCAUCGUCAAAGGCUCUUGACGAGGUCUCAAUACCGGUGGUUCGCCAUCUCGCAGGCAAAGGCACAGCGCCCCCGACCAGGUCGGACAUGCUGAAGGAGUAUUUUUACCCCGACGUUGCCUCCUACAAGUUCGCCACGCCUUUUCAGGAUUCGUUUCACUACAAUACCGAAAAUGUCUCGCAUACCCGUAACUUGACACUCUUGAAGGAGAAGAUGGGCGGCCCCUUCUUCGAUCUCGAGACGAUCUGGGAGGAGCACUGUUAUUAUGAGUUUGCUGACCGGAGUAUGGAGCACACCAUGAGCACGAUGGUACAAGAGCCGUACGUGAACCAUGUGCCAACGAUGACUGGUGGCAUCGGACGCCAGAAAUUAUCCCAUUUCUACCAACAUGACUUCAUUUUCAAUAAUUCUGCCGACACUGAGCUUGAGCUCAUCAGUCGAACAAUGGGUAUUGACCGGAUCGUGGAUGAGUUCAUCUUCAAAUUUACACAUGAUCAGGUGAUUGACUGGAUUCUACCUGGGAUCCCUCCUACAAACAAGAAGGUCGAGGUUCCUUUUGUGGCCGUGGUUAAUAUCCGCGGUGACCGGCUGUACCACGAGCAUAUCAGCUGGGACCAAGGCAGUGUCCUGCGACAGCUAGGUCUCCUCCCCGAGUACCUCCCUUUCCCGUAUCCAUUGCCAGGCGAAAGUGACACAACGACGGCUGGCAAGAGCAUCGAAUUUCGUCUUCCGGUUGCUGGACGUGAGGUUGCCGACAAAAUGAGAGAUCGCAACUCGGUGCCGUCCAACGAGAUGUUUGCAUUCAAGGCCCGCCAGGUCUAAACUGGCCGUGUAUGUCUUUGUCUCUCUGGUUGGCUACUUGUAUAGCGUCUACGUAAUUUCUGCAUAUUGGAAUCUAAUUUGGGAGCCUUUUUUGCGCCACAAUAUAAUAAUGAUCUUCCG